CGCGCCGCCCCGUAAGGUUCUUGAAAGGCAGCAAGGGUUACCAGUCAGAGCUGGCGGUUUCGCGGGGAUUUGAACACGUCACACGACUGUUUUUGUGGUGAACUCGCAGCAGGCAUAGUACAUGUGGUUCUACAAUGGCAGCUCAAGAUGAGUCUUUCAUACGUAAGUGUGAGAAAUUUUUCGUAAAGUUGGCUGCUAGGUUGUCACAAGACUGGGAAAUACUUGCAAUUCUCUUGGACUUCAGCUCUUCUGAGGUUGACCAAAUCAAGCAAGACCGCCGGAAUCCGGCAUUUUGGAUGCUGUGCGACCUGAGGAAAAGGAAACCCUCUACCAGUACCUGGAAAAAGCAUCUGAUCAAGGGUCUGAAAAAGAUUGGAAGAAAUGAUCUGGUGGAGUUUGUCAAGCAACAAAAAUUCUUGAAAGAAGAGAAGCAGUCUUCAAAAACUAAAAGUAGACCUGCGAUGCAGCCUAUUCAAGCAAGCUCUGGAAAGCCAUCAAAAGAAAAGGAAACAUCUAAAGCAGGGACGAAACCUGACAGGAAGAAUGGGCUGCAGUCAGAGGGUGCGGGGUCAUCAUCUGGAAGGAGCAACGCAAUGGUGUUUCGUCCUUAUGAGAGGCCCCCAAAAAAAAUCAAAGCAGCAGUAAAGGGAGAAGGAAUUGACGUGUAUUGUGAAAACCCACGUCAUCAGAGUCAGCUUAAGCGUUCGAGAAAUGGCUCAUGGCACUUCUGGGCUUGUCUCACUCGUGUAUUGCCAGAAAAAAAGGAAAAUGUCCUCACAAAUUUCUUUAUGGAAACUGGGGAAAAAGGCAAACAGGUACACCAGAUGAUAACUGAAACAAGCUCCAGAAAACUGGCAAAUUUGAAGAACCUCACGGUCAUUAAGCCAGAAAAGAGAGGCAAGAACUAUACACUGAAAUUUAACGAAAACUCAAGUAUUUACAUGUAAUGCAUUUGAUCACAAGUGAUCAAAUUAUCUACAUGCACUAUCUGCUCAUGGGACAGUGCUUGCAUGUAUACUGUGAAAACAGAAUACUUGGAACAAGAAAAUAUUUAAGAAAGGAGAAAUUUAGUCAUGCAUUCUCGGAAAUAAAAAUGACUGGAUGAGUAAUAAUAACACCUUAAAACAAUGAUCUAGUAACUUGGCUGUACUGAGAAACUUUCAAUAUCAAAUGAUAAGAGCAUCUCACAAAGUGAGAGCAGCUAGGUCAUAUCAUGUACUCUGUAUAAACAACACACACUUUAAGGGCAGUUACAAUGAGUAUGUAAACACCGGCAAUCAUGGACCAAGGACAAUGGAUCGACGAACAAUACAUCCACAACUGACUGAUAGUGCACGAUUGAAACUCGUGUACAAAACCAAUGAGAGCUGUUGCUUAAAAAGUUUAAGUACAAACAAAGGAAUGAGGAUUAGGGACAAGAGGGGGGUCCACGAUUGCUGGUGUUUACAUGUGUGUGGGUGAAUGUAUAUGGAAAACUGUUGAGUCAUAACUCAUGAGGAUCAAUAAUUAUACAAGGAAAAAAAAUGUUAAAAACUUCAAAAGGUAACAUUGUUAAUUAAAUGUGAUAAUUAACUAAAAUUUUGAUUUGCUUGGAGAUAGAACCAACAAACUUUAAACAACGCCUAAAUAUUCUCGUCAUCUGAUUGGUGCCAGGUUGCUGAUCAUGACCGCACCAUAAAAAUAGAAGUUCUAUUCCACCGUAAAUAGAACCUCCAUUGCAUGGAUCACGCAAUUGUCAAUCAGAUGAAAUUUGAGGAGUAGACAUAUAUAUAUAUAAAUGUUGGUUCUGUCUCCAAGCAAAUCUGUCUUCAAUCUGCUCAUUUUAUUAAACUUUCAUUGUAUAUUUUUCAUAAUAUUUUAUAUGAGUGGCUGUAUAUAUGCUAUGUGUAAUCUAUUUUGUAAACAAAUUGUUCUUUGUUAGUUUUUAAGGUGAAAUAAAGUUGCAUUAUUCCCCCAAAUAUAUUCCUUUUUUUAAUUGCUAUUUUUCUAGCAAUACUAAACUUAUUCCCUUUUGAAUGAGAUAUUGACCAAAAUUUCAGCCCACUUUUGGCAAUAGAAACAUCACUUUAUAAAUUUCAACGUAACUGGUUGCCCAAAAAUAAUUCCAUUCUUGCAGGAUAGGCUGGUUUUGGUCCUGCAAUCAGUAUCAAUAAUGUACAAACCGGGAACCGGUCUGCUUUCAAUGUAUAACCAUUUGUGACCAAAAUAUUAACCUUUUAUUUAGUCGGUGGCACGAACACCAAAUAAGAAAAACAGAGAGGUUUUUGGUUGGAAUAAAACAAACAUAUAUGAAAAUUAUAUAAGAGAAACAAAAUCAAAUUCAUUGAUUAGCAUGGAAAAUGCAAUGUUAAUUGUUUCAUUCCAUUUUUAUAAUGUUCACUGUAAUAUACAUUACACUCUUUUUAAAAGUGUCAUACUGUUUUAUCCUUUGAAAUCCUUUUAAAGGUUCCAAGCCUUAGAAUUUAAUAUGCUGUAUAUUUUUGCUUUGAAAGACUUUAUACUGAAAUGAAAUUAAAUUGCAAGAUGGUGUGAAAAGAAA